AUGGAUUAAUAAGAGGGUAACUAAAUUUAAUGAAAAAUUAGGUCAAGAAUAGAUUCUAAAUAAUCCAUAAAAUUUAGAGUAGUAUAAUAAUAAUGAGUAGAGCUAGAAAAAUGAGUUUCUUGAGUAAAUUCUAAAAGCUAAAGUGAAUGAAGAUUUGAUAUAAUGGCUAAUGGGUUAAUUAAAUUAAGCAAAAGCACUUUGUUUAGAGUUAACAAAGGAAAAUGUAGAUUUAGAUUAUAACAUUAGACAAAAAAUCAAGAAACACACUUAAAGAAUUUAAUGCAAAUUAUUGACAAUUCUUUAGAAAGAACAAAAAAUUCUAAAAUUAGUUUAGAAAAUGAUAUUAGCAAUAAUUCAGUAUCUCAAGAAUCCUAUUGUAAUUAAGGGACCUCAAUCUUUUGUUAAGACAAUUUUUUAACAAAUAUAAAUUAUGUUAGUGAUAUGAACAAAUAAAUAGUUAUCUUCAAUUAAGCUAUCCUGCACUCUUCGUGUAUUAUAUUCUUAAUAGUUAUUAGAGGAUGACGACUAAUUUGAAUUCUAGAGAGGAUCAGAAUAAUUUAGACACUCUGAAUAAUAUUCAGAUUAUUAUUAAAUGCAUAAUCAUUAAUAAUAAUAAAAAUAAAUGUAAUCAAUUAUGGAUUAAGAAGUAGAUAUUUAAUCUCCUAUUAAUCAUAGGUAAGUUUUAUAAUUCAAAUUUUUAGGAUAAACCAAGAAUAAAAACAAUCAAUUUUGAAGAAAAUUAAGGCAAUUGUUGCAUAGAUUAAUUAAUAUCAAUUAGAAUAAAAUUAAUAUAAAGAAACAAUUGACAAAUAUAUGUAGGACUGGUCCAAUGAUAUUUUAAACUUAAAAAAAAGAGAGUAGGAAAUUGAAAUAGAUAAAUAUGAAAAAUCUAUUUAAUAUUAUAAUGAAUAAUAAAAAAAGUUGGAAGAAAAAUUAGAAUAAUACUAAUAUAUUGAAUCUGUUGCAAAUGAAAACAUAAAUAUUAUUUAACUUUCAUAAAAACAUUCAAAAGGAAUCUAGAAUUUUAUUUCUAAAGAAAAAUUAGAAGAGAAUUUGAAGAAUAAAAUCAAUUAAUUUGUGGAAAAAAAUUUUAAAGCUUUAAAUUUCUCUGUACAAAAAAUACUUUAAGAAGAAUCUAAAAAUUAUAAAAAUAAAAAUGAAUUGUUAUAGAAUGAAAUAGAAUCAUUAAAAUAAGGACUUUAAAAAGUGAUUAAUGAUAAAUAGGAGAUUUUAAAUGAAUUAAGUUUACAAUCAUUUAAUGAUUAAAAUGUUUGUUUUAAAAUGUAAUAAAUGCAAGAAUUAUUAAAAGAAAUAUCUAAUAAAACUAAUUAAACAACAUAGAAAUUAAAUGAUAAUAAUUUAGAUUAAAUAGUUUAAUAAAUUAAACAGAUCCGUCAUACAAUCACUGGUGAUAGUGAAAGAAAUAUAAAUGAAUUGAAUCAUAAAUUAGCUGAAAAAGAAGAGUAAAUUAAAUAAUUAAAAUAAGAUAAUUAGAAUUUAGAGAAUUAGUUAAAAAAUAAUGAAUCAUCACAAUUUUUAAGUUAGAUAAUUGUUUAGUUUUAAUAAAAAUAAGAAAGUUAAUUAAAUCAACAAGAUUAAAUUAAUUUAAAGACUAAUAAGAUAUUAGAAAUAGAAUCAACUUUGAAUAAUAUACUUAAAUAUAUCAAUAUUGAGAAAGAAAGCUUAAAGUAAUAAUAUUAAGAAGAAAAAAAUAAAGCAAUAUAAACUUAACUUGAAGGCUGUUUUAAAUUAUAAGAUAAGUCUUUACUUUAUAUACAAUUGGGACUUAAAAUAUUUCAAUAAUAUUAUUUGUCUGAAAAUUCAGAUGAUGAUGCUAUUAAAAAAUUAAUAGCUGAAUUAAUAAAAUUUCAUAAAAAAUACUAAGAAAAAAAAAAUUUCUCAUUAAAAGAUUUAAAGGAUAUUGAAAAAUUUUAUACAAAUUUAGAAAUGGAGCUUAAAAAUUUAUAUGAUAACUCUUUAGAUUUAUAUAAAAGAUUUAUAAGAGAUAUACAAUAGAGAAGAAAUUAAUGA